AUGGCAUCUCAAACAAUCACCGUCACCGUCAAGUACUCGAAACCAGGAACCCAACCUCCGAUCUACCUCGCAGGUUCCUUCUCGGAUCCAGAAUGGCAGCCGCAGGAGAUGCAGUUUACCACCGACGAGAACAACGAACACGAGUUUCACAAGAAGGUUGACAUUGAGGAGGGAAAGGAAUAUCAAUAUAAAUUCCGUCUUGGUCCUGGAGAUUGGUGGACUUUGAAUGAGGAUUCACCUACAGUUACUGACGACAUUGGUAACAAAAACAAUCUCCUCUUCAUCCCCAAGGUCGAAGAGACCACCGCAGAUUCAGAAGAAACAAAUUCAACACCACAAGAAUUUCAAGCUGAGAAAGCAGAACCAGUCCAUACACCGACCAUGGAGAAAGAAAAGACUCCGUCUAUCGAAGAGACAAUGGGCACGCGAGAGACCGACGACGCUCUGUUCGCAGACGAAAUCAUCAAGGAUACCGACGAAGUCAAGGAAGACCUACAGGCGCCUGCAGUCGAGGGACGAAUGGAGCCGCAUUCUACCCCAGCAAUCCCAGAGAAGCCGCAAGCCGAACAUAUUGAGGAGAUCAAGCAUACCAAAGAGCUUCAAGAUAUUCGUGGGACCGAUACUUCCACCAGCAAGUUGGUCGAGGAAGACGUCGUUGAGCCAACACCUAAACCACUGCUGGAUAUCAAGAAGAUUUAUGACCUCGAGGAUACUGAUAGCAAGAACGUCUCUGAAUCCGAUACUGAAGAAGACAAGGCUGUUGCUCCUCCGGUACUUGUCGUCGAGGGUGCAAAGGCUGAAGCUGAGCAAGAGGAGAAGUCCAAUAUCGAGGCUCCAACAAAUGGACACGACUCUGCUCACCUCCUCGCUGCCGAACCCGCCGACGAGAAUGUCUCUAGACAUGGUGCCCGUACACCUGACCUUGCAAAUGUAGCAGCUGAGGUUGCUGAUACGGCUGCCACCCUGGAUCGAGAACAACCUACGCCACCAAUCUCAGACGAUGAGGCUGGUCGUAUCGGCUUCAGACGCAUGUCUACUACUCCAAUCCCAGAAGUCGCAAGCACAGCUGCUGAGGUUGCUGACGUAGCCGCUGUCAUUGACAAAGAGGACAAGGAAGAGGAGCCACGAGAGUUCAUUCGCCCUUUUGAUAUCGAUGAUGGAGAUCUUCCAGAAACUCCCCCAAAUGAAAAGGUGCCUAAAUUCUCUCAUGAAUGCUACUCUCCACCAAGUCAUGAAGAGCCCUGCCAACAGGAAGAGUAUGAUCCUUACGAGGGCAUGAGACCAAGACCCGAGGAGCAGAUCGACUUAAACGACCCGUCCAUCCAGAUGUUUCCCACUGAUCGAGCCGGAAUUCUCGAACAUCUUCGAAAGAUGCAGGAACGUCUCCCAGAAGACGAGGUUAAGCAUGACUCUCUUGACUUAGCCCCACCAUCUCCGGUAGUUGGACCCAAUGGCCGACCUGAGCGUCUCAACUUUCCAGCAGUUUCUCCGGUUGUGUUGGCUCAACGAUCUCCAUCCCUCGAUUCUAUCCCCGAACAUAACGAUGAGGCAGAUGAUCUGCUAGGAGCUACAUUUGUCAAGCUCAAUGGCGAAGAUAAACCAGCAACUAAUGGUGUUACCGUCGCUAAGGAAGAGAUUGACAACGUCCUCACAGAUGAUGGACCUUCUUCCAAGAAGGAGAACGGUGCGCCCCUACUUGAGCCUGAGGAGAAGAAGCGGGAUCUUGUGAGAUCUCUUGAUGGUAGUGAUGAGACCUCGAUACAUGCGAAGUCAGAGCAGACGGAGACCAAAGAUACCGAAGCUCAAGUGCCUGAUACAGGAGAUCUUGCUAAGCCUGAUACUACUGCAACCGGAAAGACUGAGGACCAAGUACCAGACGCAGAAGAUUCUGCUAAGGUUGAAUCUACUAUGAGCCCAGAGCAACAAAAGACCGAGAUUCAGGUGCCAGAGGAAGAAGAACCUGCUAAGGCUGACUCUACUACGAGUCCAGAGCAAAUAGAGGCCAAGGAUACCAAAACCCAAGUACUCGAUAAGGAAGAAUCUGCUAAUCCUGAUUCUACCGCAAGUCCGAAUGAGCAAGAGACCGAAACGACCGAUAUCCAGGUUCCAGAUGCAGAAGAAUCUGCUCGGGCCCUUCCUGCCGAGCCUCUAGACACUGCGGAGAAGAAAGAUGUUGCAGAGAGUCAAAUUAGAGGAACCACUGAGCCAAUUGUCGAUGCAGAGACGUCCGUCCCGGAAGGAAGCGAUCAAGAAAAGCCUGACGAAACUUCGAAUCAGCAUACCAAGGAAGAAUCAUUGGAUGGCGUUUGUGACACAGGUUCACACAUCGUUCCGGCGCCGGUGACCCCAUUUAUCGUGGGUGAUCGCCAACUUGGUCAUGAUGAAGAAGAUGUGCGCGAACUAAGAACUGGUACAUUCGGUCCUAGUAUCACUGUCCAGCCAGCUACUCCUUUCCCAGGCAUCAGCCGGCGACUUGGCCACGAUGAUGAGCAAUCCAAGGAUUCCACCACGAAGGAUGUCAGCGGCAACAUUGAGCACACUGAGGAGUCCAGCGCGAAGGAUGCCAGCCUGGAUACCGGAGUAUCUCCAGCGACUCCAGCUUCGAAUACUGUGAUCGACACCACCACCAAGCAGAACGAUACAGCUAAGAGCAGCGCUAUCGGAAAUGAGAAUGAUGAUAGCCAGAUCAAGUCACGCAAGCGUCAAUCAUCUCCGGCCAGAAGUCUAGCACCAUCAGUCACAGCGAACUCGAUGCGAUCUGGCAGCAAAGAUGAUGAUGCUAAGGGGGCAUUUUUGAGGUACUUCUUUCGCCUUGUCUUCAUUGAUUAUAUUGGUGGAUUCUUUAUGAGGCUCUGCGGUGCGAGACGUCGUCGCCACUAA